AUGACGCGCGUUUUCCAAAUCGGUCUCUUGACCGAAGCCUUCUUCAAUAUCUCGGGGGCUUUGCUCUUCGUCCUGCGACCAGCCUGGUGCCUAUCAUUUGCUUUAGCCUUGCCGGAUGAGCCUGUACCGAGCAGCGCCGCUGUCCUCUUUCAAGUGUACGGCGGCCUUGUUCUGGCCUUGACGCUACCCAUACUACUCGUCGUUCGUGAGUCGCCCGGCCAAAGUCGGGCUGUCUUUGAGCGGCGGGAUAUUGUCUUCAAGACUCUUGCCGCGGGCGAGGUCGCCCUGAUCGCUAUCCUUUUAUGGAACACGAUGAAGCCUGCAGCAAAGAGCGGGUUCAGCCAUUCCGGACUGUUUAUCAGCUCUGUCUUCCUCUUGCCAGCACUAACGUGGCAUUCGUUUGCUGUUUGGGGUCGACCCGACCUAAUGCGCGUUGACAAUGAGGGUAAGAAUAUCGGGAGGGUCAAACCGAGUUGA